AUGGAACCAAAGUGGAAGGAAGCCCUUUUAUACGUGGUUAUGGCCAGCUGCCUCUGUGUAGCUAAUACUUACACUGGCAUUUUCAACAGUGUCUUUAUAAAAGUGGGCUAUGAACAUUAUGGUGAAGCACUAGUGGCCAGCCUGUCGACCUUCCUAGCCAUGUCCUUCAGCUCAAUCAUUAACAUAGCUUAUGUGCUCCUGGGAGUGUACUGGCCACAAAGAAAUGCCAGCACCACUAGAUGCCCCAUAGAGCUGCAGAGAGCUCAUUACCUGAAGGAUGUCUUUGCCAGCGUGGUCCUGAUCUAUGGCCCUGUUCAGAGGCUGUGGGUCUGGACCCAAAUGUACCCCACUGUCAUGCUUGCCCUCACUUUGCCCAUUUUCACGUGGCCAAUGUUGUUGUUCUUUUCCCUAUACAGAGGUUGGAUGCCCUGGUUGUUGCUCUGUUUUGAAUGUCAGUCCUUGUCAAGUUACAACCUUGUCCUUUGUCCAUAGAGGUUUGAGAUGGCAUUGGGUGCUCAUGUGGUAGCAGCUGUUGGAGAAGCCCUUUGCCCUCAUAGGCAGUUCAGUAGUAUCUCCAUAGCCACCUACUUAGCUCUGGGCCUGCUGUCAUGUCUGGCUUUUGUGGUCCUCAAACUGUGGGGCCAUCAGCUUUUAUAAUGGCAUCUGUUCCUGCGCCUCACAGGCCACUUCUGGUCUAAGGUCUAUGAUGUUCUCUAGUUCCACUUUGCAUUUUUGUUUCUGACAAAUGCAAACACUUGCCCAUGA